AUGUCCCUAGUUCACUGCAAAUCUCACUGCCUCCACAGCCAAACUGGAGUGUACAGUUGCCGUUCUUUUGUUUACGAUAAUAUCAAUCAGGUUUGUGAUCUGUACCCUCACGUAGGCGAUCAGGCACCUGCUCGGCUGCUGAAGUUUCAGACAAGGGAUUAUUAUGAACCGACUCACGCUCUUCAAUGCUUGGAACAAGUAAAACUCGGAGAUAAUUACAAAUAUUCACCUCAUGAAAGCACCACUACAACCACAUCUACGACAACCUCGCCAACUACUACCGAGUUCGUAACCGAACCAACAACUGAACAAGCUCAAGAAUCCGGUGAUAUUGUGAAAGCCUUGCCAGAAGAACUCACUGAGCAGAGUCAACCUGAUGUGCCUGAAUCGGUGACGAUGCGCUGCCCAGCAGGAAAGAAAAUCAGUUUCCUUCGGACGGAAGGGUUUGAAUUGUUCAACAACGAUGACAUGACGAUGCACGUGAGUGAUGUGAGCGAAUGUGUGAUCGCCUGCGAAAAGAACAACAUAGAUGGUCAAGCUUUGGACUGCAGAUCGUUCGACUUCUCACUACCGACGUGCUCGUUCUCUUCAGAGACCGCCGUACCAGUAGGAAAUGGUCAACUGCAACAGCGCAAUGACUCGUUUUACUAUGAGAAGAUAUGCGUCUCGGAAUCAUCCACGAGAAACUGCUCACCUACAUUCACUCGCUUCCCACAAAUGGUAUUAGUUGGAUUCGCCGAG